AUGGACGCGAUCGACGCGGAGCUCGCGCGCGCGCAGGAGGAGCGGCGCAAGGUGGAGGAGGCGCUGGCGGCCGGCGCGCCCAUGGCCGUGUCCUCCGUCACCUUCGACACCGACCUCUACGGCGGCGGGGGCGCCGACCCGGACCGCUUCGCCGGCUACGACACCUCCAUCCCGGCCUCCGAGGACGCCGCCGCGGAGGACGAGGCCGCCGCCCCAGCGCCGCGCCGGCUCGCGACCUACACGGGCCACGCCAUCGCCGCCGCCGACCUCCCGCCCUCGGCCGACGGCGGCGACGACGGUCUCGGGCUGCCCAAGCGGUCCCAGCGCAUCAUCGACCGCGAGGACGACUACCGCCGCCGCUGCCUCAACCAGAUCAUCUCGCCGGAGCGCCAUGACCCGUUCGCCGCUGGGGAGGCCACCCCGGACCCCGCGGUGCGGACCUACGCCGACGUCAUGCGCGAUGCCGCGCUGCAGAAGAAGAAGGAGGACCUGCUGAGGGAGAUUGCUAAGAAGAAGGAAGAGGAGGAGAGGAAGGCCGCCACGACGAAGAAGCGGCGCAACAGGAACAGAUGGGAUGAGACACCAACUCCAGGGAGGAUGGCUGAUGCUGAUGCGACGCCUGCAGCUGGCGGCGCGACCCCUGGGGCCACUCCUUCCGGGGCUUGGGAUGCGACCCCAAAGCUGCCUGGUGGUGUCACGCCAACCCCUGGUAAGAAGCAGAGAUCAAGGUGGGAUGAGACGCCAGCCAGUAUGGGCAGUGCAACCCCCGGUGGUCGUGCGGACAACCUUGCCACACCAACUCCUAGCCAGAUCGCUCGUGGACCUAUGACUCUGGACCUGUACAACCAAUCCCGGUGGCAGCAGGACAUUCAGGAGAGGAACAGACCUCUCACCGAUGAGGAGCUUGAUGCCAUGUUCCCGCAGGAGGGGUACAAGAUUCUUGAGCCCCCGGCUUCCUACCAGCCCAUAAGGACCCCGGCAAGGAAGCUGCCUGCCACACAACACCUCUGGGGACACCACUUUAUGCUAUUCCAGAGGAGAAUCGUGGGCAGCAUUUUGAUCUGCCCAAGGAGACGACUGUUGGAUCACCGCUCAUGA